UUUCUGUUAUUCCUGGGAACACCUCCAGCCAAAGCAAAUCAGGCUGAGUGUCAGGCUCAGCGCAGUUACUGUGCACUCGCUGUGCCCAGCUGGUUCUACCAUGGGGUUGGAGCUCUACCUGGAUCUGCUCUCUCAGCCCUGUCGAGCCAUCUAUAUUUUUGCCAAGAAGAACAACAUACCCUUUGAGUUCAAGGACGUGGAGGUGUUUAGAGAUUCCAUCCUGGGGAUGAAAGCAUCAGGUGAGACGAGCUCAGGAUUACAGCCAGAGAGUCUACGCAAGAUGAAUGUAGUGAAGAAAGUGCCUGUCUUGAGAGAUGAGGACUUUUGCUUGUCAGAAGGCAUCGCCAUCCUUCUGUAUCUGAGCCGAAAGUACAACACCCCAGACCACUGGUACCCAUCUGACCUACAGAAACGAGCAAAGGUGGAUGAAUAUCUCUCAUGGCACCAGAUAAACAUCCGAUCCAAUGCUCCCAAGACAAUGUGGAUCAAGGUGUUGAUACCUCUCUUCACGGGCCAACCACUUCCCUCUGAGAAACUGCAGGAAGUCAUGGAGGGGCUGGCAGCUUCCCUGAAGCAGUUGGAAGACAUGUUCCUUCAGGACAAGCCCUUCCUUGUGGGUAACGAGAUCUCUCUUGCAGACCUGACGGCCAUUGUGGAGCUCAUGCAGCCUGUUGGAGUGGGGUGCAACAUCUUUGAGGACAGGCCCAAGCUAGCAGCAUGGCGCAAAAGAGUGGAAGAAGCAAUUGGGAAGGAGAUCUUCUUACAAGCGCACAAGCUGAUCCUGAACAUUCAGGAGCUGAGCAACAUACAGAUCAAUCCACAGCUGAAGGCGCAGCUGGGCCCUGUGCUGCUGAAGAUGCUGAAAUGAAUAAAAGUGGUUCAGAAGGAA